AUGGGUUAUUUGUCCGAACCGUCGCAGGAUUCAGCUUUUUGUCGACGACAAGAAGAGGCAAGCGAGCACCCAAGAAGACUGUUGGGAAUGCAGCAACAACAAGAUCGACAGCAAGCGAACAGGAAAAACGGCAAAAAGAAGUGGUUUGCUGCUCUGGAAGAAGAAUACCGCAGAAGGCGACGCGAUCAAAUUGCCGUUGAGGUGAAGCUCAAGGCUGCUUACGCGCAAAAAAAAGCCAGUGCCGCAAUAUCCCAGUCACAAACUGCAUUGGUGGACGAUACAGCAGCAAGUGAACACAAGCGUUAUGGCGAAAAUGAAAUGGAUGCAAACUCACGUACGGACUGCAUUCCCAAGCCUCAAAACUCGCCGUGUGAAAAUCAACAGAGCGAGCAACAUUCUUCUGGAGGCGACGUUCAUGAAAUACUGGUGGCGCAGCUCAUAAACCCUCCAGAACGACUACUACUGUCAUCUCCAGUCUUCGUUUACAGACCUCGCGUAUGUGCUUCUUUUAAAUUUGAUGAAAAAGAAAUUAUGGAAACCCAGUUUUUCCGACCUUUUUAUAUGUCUUCUUAA